GACGACGGCAGUGACAGGCCUUUGAAAACCCCGACUGCCUUCCCGCAGCCGGGCGAAAGCUAGCGCGAUGUUCGGUGCAGGCGACGAGGACGACACCGACUUCCUCUCGCCCAGCGGCGGUGCCAGAUUGGCCUCUCUUUUUGGACUGGAUCAGGCAGCUGCUGGCCAUGGAAAUGAGUUCUUCCAGUACACAGCCCCAAAGCAGCCUAAGAAAAACCAGGCAACAGCAGCAACAGGAAAUAAAGCAACACAGAAAACAGCACGAACUACAGCAGGCACUUCUGCAGUACUGAUUGCAACAGCAGUCCAUGCAUACAGAUACAUAAAUGGUCAAUAUGUGAAACAGGGCAAAUUUGGUGCUGCUGUCCUGGGGAAUCACACAGCCAGAGAGUAUAGGAUUCUUCUUUACAUUAGUCAGCAGCAGCCAGUUACUGUUGCCAGGAUCCACCUGAACUUUGAGUUUACGGUUCAGCCCAGUAACUAUAGCACCUUUUAUGAUGACCAGAGACAAAACUGGUCCAUCAUGUUUGAGUCAGAAAAGGCUGCUGUGGAGUUCAACAAACAGGUCUGCAUCGCCAAGUGCAACAGCACCUCUUCCCUGGAUUCAGUGCUCUCACAGGACCUCACUGUAGCAGAAGGACCUGCUGUAGAAGUAGGAGAUUCUUUGGAAGUGGCAUAUACUGGUUGGCUCUUACAGAAUCAUGUGCUGGGCCAGGUUUUUGACUCUACUGCAAACAAAGACAAGCUACUUCGUCUGAAAUUAGGAUCAGGAAAAGUCAUCAAGGCCUGGGAGGAUGGAAUGCUGGGCAUGAAAAAAGGAGGGAAGCGGCUGCUCAUUAUCCCUCCAUCCUGUGCUGCCGGCUCCGAAGGAGUAAUAGGAUGGACUCAAGCCACGGACUCAAUCCUGGUGUUCGAGGUGGAGGUUAGGCGGGUGAAGUUUGCCAGAGAUUCUGGCUCUGAUGGGCACAGUGUUGGUUCUCGAGAUUCUGCGGCCCCGUCUCCCACACCUGGUGCUGACAGCCUCUCUGCUGAUCCUGCUCUGUCACCACCCACACUGGUGCCUUUUAAAUCAGGGGAGGCAACUCUUCGUGCCAAAUCUAACUCCCUUAGUGAACAACUUACAGGAAGUCCAAAUCCUGAUACAGUCAAGGCCAAGUUGAUAUCUCGGAUGGCCAAAAUGGGUCAGCCCAUGCUGCCCAUCUUUCCACCUCAGCUGGAUUCCAAUGAUUCAGAAACUGAAGAUGUGAGUGCUCUGCAGGGAGCCGGGCAGCCUGUGGCGAUGUCGUCCAUCCAGCCCUCUCUUCAGGCAGUCCAUCCAGCGUUACCACAGAUGACCUCACAAGUGCCUCAGCCAUCUGUUUCUGGCCUCCAAGCACCGUCUGCUGCCUUAAUGCCAAUUACAUCUCUCGAUUCCCACUCAGCUGUAUCUGGAAAUGCCCAGUCUUUUCAGCCCUAUGCAGGUGUGCAAACCUAUGCUUACCCCCAGGCAUCGACUGUCACUUCCCAGCUGCAGCCUCUCCGGCCCUUGUACCCAGCACCACUGUCUCAUCCUCUCCAUUGUCAAGGAUCAGGUGACAUGGCUUCAUUUCUCAUGACUGAAGCCCGACAGCAUAACUCUGAAAUUCGCAUGGCAGUCAGCAAAGUGGCUGAUAAAAUGGAUCAUCUCAUGACUAAGGUUGAAGAGUUACAGAAGCACAGUGCUGGGAACUCCUUGCUCAUUCCUAGCAUGUCGGUUACAAUGGAAACAAGCAUGAUCAUGAGCAACAUCCAGCGAAUCGUUCAGGAAAAUGAAAGGUUGAAGCAAGAGAUCCUUGAAAAGAGCAGUUGGGUUGAAGAGCGGAAUGAGAAGAUUAGUGAACUCAUUGAACGAAAUCAGAGAUAUGUUGAGCAGAGUAACCUGAUGAUGGAGAAGAGGAACAACUCACUUCAAACAGCCACAGAAAACACACAGGCAAGAGUUUUGCAUGCUGAGCAAGAGAAGCUCUCCAUGUCAACAGCAGAUUUGAUCCAGGGUGGGAACCAGGGAGCAGUCACAUCCACUGUGCAGGUUGCUGCACAAGACCGCUGUCAGGCUGAGGAGGAGAUCAAUGAAAUUCGCAAGUCAUACGAAGAGGAACUGGACAAACUGCGACAGCUCUUGAAAAAGGCUCGGGGGUCCACAGACCAAGCAACUGCAGAGCAGCUGUCUCUAGCACAGGCUGAGCUGCAGACCCAGUGGGAAAUGAAAUGUGAGCGUUUGUUGGCCUCCGCCAAGGAGGAGCACCGGCAGCAGUACCAGGAGGCGUGCGCGCAGAGAGACGCCAACGAACAGAAGCUGACACGAGUUCAGGAAAAGUGCUUAGCUCUCCAGGCCCAAGUCACAGCUCUGAAAGAGCAAAAUGAACAGCAUGUCAAGGAACUAGAGAAAAGCGAGUCCCAAAUGUCUGGGAAUGGAGUUGCCACUACAGACCUGUCAGAGAAGGUCAAGAAGAUCAUGAACCAGGUGUUCCAGUCCUUGCGGGGAGAGUUUGAGCUGGAGGAAUCUUAUAAUGGCAGGACGAUUCUGGGCACCAUCUUGAAUACAAUCAAGAUGGUGACUCUUCAGUUGUUGAACCAUCAGGAACAAGAGAAGAGGGAGAGCAACAGUGAAGAAGGAGGAGAGAGACCUCAGAGACCUUCCCAGGAGCAGUCGGUCUCAGCCAGUUCUGGGCCAUCUCAAGAGUCCCUGCAUAAGGAGAGGCAGGAGGCCCCCAGUGUGCCACUGGCGCAGGUGGUCAAGGCAGCUAUCCCAUCACCUCCUCAGACCCUGCCCGCUGCCCAGGAUGGUGUACAGAGCAGAGCAGAGGAGACCUCGGAAUCAGAGGCACCGUCAGAGAUGAAGGAUGAUUCCAACCCACCAGAACUGGCUUGCACUCCAUCCGAGAGAGGUCUGGGGCCCCCAACUUCAAUUCCACCUAGCCCUCCAGGUUCUAGAACCAUGGACCCUGAGUGGGAGGAGACACUUGCUGCCAGCCCAGUGGCAGCUAAGUCAGAUGACCCACUGAGAAAGGCCUUUGUCAAGGAAGUGGCUCCAGAUGGGCCACCGCAAGAAAGCUCCAGCAGACCAUCUCUGACUUCAGACCUCAAGACGGAGGACACGCUGGCCUUAGGGCCUGAAAGCCCAAGAGAGCCUCAGCCUCCAGAGCUCAAUAAAAAAGAGAAUCUCACUGGUGCCACCGAUUCCUCCAAGGAGCUGUUGAGUACAGAGGCAGGUUCUCCAGAUCCAGCAGCCACCCACAGUACCAGCCAUGAUUCUCAGUGUUCCAGUCUUCCUGGGGAUGAAGAGGAUGACCUGUUUAAAGGGGCCACUCUGAAAGUCCCAAGGCCCAAGGAAGAUCCUGAGGAAGAGGACGAAGAUGAGGUGAGCAUGAAGGGACGCCCGCCCCCAGCACCCCUUUUUGGAGAUGAUGAUGAUGACGAUGACAUUGACUGGCUGGGAUGA